AUGCAGGGUAUUGUGAGGAUUGGGGAGGGGUGGGAGGAGGAGGAGGAUGAAGAUGAAGAUGAAGAUGAAGAUGAAGAUGAAGAUGAAGAUGAAGAUGAAGAUGAAGAUGAAGAUGAAGAUGAAGAUGAAGAUGAAGAUGAAGAUGAAGAUGAAGAUGAAGAUGAAGAUGAAGAUGAAGAUGAAGAUGAAGAUGAAGAUGAAGAAUGA